UUUUAUUAGCUCUUUACUACUUAUUAUUAUAAAUUUAUAAUCUCUCUUGAUCAAUUCCAUGGCUUCCUCAAGUGGAACAUCAUCCGGUUCACUCACCACAAACUCGGGCUCCGAGGGCGAUUUACAGGCAUUAAUGAACGAAAGGAAAAGGAAGAGGAUGAUAUCGAACAGGGAAUCGGCACGGCGGUCGAGGAUGAGGAAACAAAAGCAUCUCGAUGAUCUCCAGGCUCAAGUAACUCAGCUCCAAAACGACAACCACCAGAUCCUGAAUCAGUUGAACAUCACCACCCAACAUUACUUGAACGUCGAGACCGAGAACUCGGUGCUCCGAGCUCAGGCCAAUGAGCUUAGCCACCGAUUACAGUCCCUGAACGAGAUCAUCGGGUUCAUCAACGGCGGUACUAGUAACUCCGAUGCCGAUGGGUUUGGUUUCACAGAGACGACUGAUUGCUUCUUUAACCCUUUGAAUUACUUGAAUCAGCCGAUCAUGGCAUCGGCAUAUAACGUGUUUGAGUAAAAUCUGCAUGAGAGGCCGAUUUGAAAGAGAGAAGAUAGGGAUUUUGCUGUUUUGUUAUUUUAGUAGAUUAUUAUUAUCAGUAGGGAGUGGUGAGAAAUAAGGUUAUGUGUCGGCACACAGACUGGUUGUUGUUGUUGGCUCUUUUAGUUUGUAAAGUGGGGUUUAAUGGUAUCAACUUAUGCAAUGCCUAACAAAACCCUUAUUUAAUGUA